ACGUGAGGUUGAUAAAAUGUAGUCUUACAUAAUGAAUAUUCAAAAUAUAGUAUAGCCUUUGUAAACCUUUGACAAACUAAAUAGAACAUGAAAAGUAUUUUUGUACAGUUUCAAAAUCAGUCUUUAAUGUUGACAUGCAAAAAAUGUGGUACUUUCGGUUUCAUUUCCUAAAUUCCAGCCUCCCAGCCCUACCAGGAUAAUACCCGUAAAACACUCACUAGGACACAGCAUACGCACAGCAAGAAAGCAGAAAGAACAGAUCUACUUCAUAAAUAAGGUGUAACGAUGGCUAACAUUAAAACGUUAAAUGAAAUUGGACACCUCAACUCGUCUGGCUUUGGUAGGCCUUGGCCCAGGCAUGGGCUUUACCUGCUCUACUGGUUCUCCCAUAACUACGUCAUAUUCGACAACAAUGGUGACCUGCUGGCGCUGUUCAACCCCAAAAGGAAGGAGUUCGGCUUCCAUCACUUCGAUAACCGACUCGAGUGUGACGGUAACUGUUAUCAACUGCUCCCCAACCAGAACUUUCCGUAUUAUGAGGUGGGCAACCUGAAUACCCUAGGGGCAGGUGACCUGCCACCAUACGUUAGGCACAACUACAAAAGACACCAUGAUGACAGCAAUAUGGACCGUAUCAUCAUCAGUCUUCACCCUGGCAUGGUGUUGGAUAAAGUCUAUGUGACCCAACACGAGGAUGUGAGGACCUUUGAUCGCCAGAACACCUAUCGAAUCAGUAGGGGUUUGGUCAGGCUCAUCCGUAAUCUGGAACUGGAAGAGCUGCUAAGGCAAGCUGGGUACACCAGAUCCAUUAUGUUAGUCAAAGCAGUCAAGUGGCAAGAGACUCCAGCUCGAAGCCACACCAACGUUUGUCAACCAGCUGUCAGCCAACAUGACUGGGUCAACAUCAAGAGGGCCUCUGUUGUGAGUCCCAGGCCAACACCGUCAAGGGAGUCUGUGAUUGACAUGCCACGUGACUCAAUGCCUCAUGAGAGCAAAAUACAUCAUGUGUCUGUCAGUAUGCCCGAGGGCAGAGACUCCCAUAAGCCUCAGCGGGAGAGGCGAUGCUGUGUCAUUCUGUAGACUGGGCCAAAGAGAGUCAAAAGGGUUCAUCUUACAGGACGAAUGGGGAAAUAACUGUGGACAUCAUUUAUUACAGUGCUCCUGUAAGUAGGUCUACAGUGCAACACUAUUGUAAUUACUCAUUAUUGUUACACUGUACCUACAGCAGUGACCAUAACCCUAAGUCACUUUUUAAACAAUUAUUUAGAAUAAAGUUAUUUUUUUAUUACAAAUUAUUUAACAUACAAUCACUUCUUAAUAUGUGUAGAUUUCUUAUAGAUUAUAAUCAACCUCUAUACUUCUAGAGAAAACUACAAUACAGCCCAAUGGCAGCCCAGUUACCAGGUUUGGAACAGAAUACAGAACCUUUUCCAGGUUUGGAACAGAAUACAGAACCUGUUCCAGGUUUGGAACAGAAUACAGAAGCUGUUCCUGGUUUGGAACAGAAUACAGAACCUGUUCCAGGUUUGGAACAGAAUACAGAAGCUGUUCCUGGUUUGGAACAGAAUACAGAACCUGUUCCAAGUUUGGAACAGAACACAGAACCUGUUCCUGGUUUGGAACAGAAUACAGAACCUGUUCCAAGUAUGGAACAGAACACAGAACCUGUUCCAGGUUUGGAACAGAAUACAGAACCUGUUCCAGGUUUGGAACAGAAUACAGAACCUGUUCCUGGUUUGGAACAGAAUACAGAACCUGUUCCUGAUUUGGAGCAGAAUACAGAACCUGUUCCAAGUAUGGAA